UGAGGAGCUGUGUGCUCUUAAAUCAUAAUCCUGUGACAUCUUGACAACUAGCAAGUUGGGAAGCUCCCAAAUGGUAAAUGUCAAUAUGAGUAAAAUAGAAACUACUCUGACCACUGAAUGUCCCUCACCAAAAAUACCAGUUCUCCAAGAUUCUAAACUAUCAGACCUUGAAAAACAGCUCCUUAGUGAGUUAAAGUUUCAACUGGGGAGUGGAGAGCAUAGCCAGGCUCAAGGCUGUCCCACUGACAUGUCCCUUAUUUCAGAGAGCUUGCCUUCCAAGUCCUCCCUCAGUCCCAGAGCAUCUCCAGUGGGGACAAGGAGCUUCCCAGGUGCUGCAUGUCCACUUGGAGGACACCCGGAUCAGCAUGGAGCAGGAGCAGGAGCCCUGGGUCUCUGAACGAGUCUCAUGGAAAUGCAAGGAUAAGAAUUUCCCACCAGCUGCAAAGAGAGUGAGGCCUCUGGGCUCCAAAACAGGAGAAUGUGGAAGUGAGGAUUCAGGAGCUGGGACACCUAAAGCCAGAAAGAAGAGACACUCUACUGAGGACAGAGAAUUAGAGGGCACUUCCCUGUCUCUGUCACAGAAUGAACAGUUUUCUCCUGAAAGUUACUUCAGAAUAAAGACUAAGCAAUUUUUUUUUCAGUGGAUCAAUUCCAAGAGAAAAAUCACAGGGCAGGAAAGUCCCCAGCAAAAAGCCAAGUUCAUGUCAACCUUUGCGCAGCACCAAGACCCCGCUGCAAGUGCAGCUCUCCUUCUGAGCUGUGGGCCUCCUGAAGCUCAUGAGCUCACGACAGCCACUGGGAAGAUCCUAGAGGAGAAACUGGCAUGUAGGCAUGAACCUGAGGCCAUGGAGUUAAGUCAGCAGAAGGAGGAACUGCAGGCCCAGGUAGAGGCUGACAAGGGACAUCCCUCCAACUAUAGGGCUUUCUCUGACUGACAGCAGGGGGAAUGGGCAAGUACCAAGUCCCGCAGCCAAGAUGCUGUCUCUGCUCACCAGAGUUGUCUUACAAGUGUUAGAACUGAGACAGGAUCAGACAUCUCCAGAGAGUUGUGGCCUUCAAGGACCAGCAUUUAUGCCAGAGUCAACCGGCUUCCCAGCCCUCCAGGGAGCCUGAGCCCCAUCCAAGCCCCACCUGCAUGCAUUAGGUAUGCCAGGUCCCUCUGGCCACCCACACCCGUGAUGAAGGCACUGUGUUCAGAGAUUUGACUCUUCUAUUCAAACAGAAAACGCUUCUCCAACACUCCCAGGGAAAAAAAUGUCCCCAAAGAAAUUAUUUAGUCCUUGUUGAGAAAGGCUCACAGUUUUCGUGAUAAAACAUCUUCCGAUGAGAACAAUCUUUCUUUAGCACAACAGAGGAUACUGAUCCUCCUAAAAAAUGUUUCUGCUAACAGAGAGUGGUGUUCUCUGGGUGGUGCACUGGGGGCGUGGGUUUGGGGUAUCCUGGGGCUUGUGCUCAGGGAAAGGAAGGAAGGAGGUCAGCUCUGACUGAUUUCCUCUUUUGGUUUCUACAAGAUGACCAGUCCCUUGUAGGGGGCCCGACAGUGGUCUUCUCAGUUUUAUCCUGGGUCCUUUAUUUGACCCCACUGAGAUGUCCUCUAUUCAAAACACUAUUUUUUCAUAAAAAGUACAAGAAGUUCACUCUAAAAACUUUCAGGCCUUUUCAAAGACAGAAAAACCCUUCAAGUCCAGAACUUGGCUCAAACUGUCUUUUCAUCUGCUUCCUCACUGUCCUGAACUAUACACAGCUGCAGGGUAGGAUGAGUUCCUCUGGAAUAAUACAGCCAGAAUUCCCCCUUGUUGCCUCAGAAAGUUUUGGAAUUGGAAGUGUGGGAGUGUUUAGGCCCUGAGGUGGGGGGUAGGGAGAAAUCUUCCUCAUGGAUCUCUUGGUGAGGAAUAAAUGUCACCUGCUCCUAAGAGCCCUUCUCUCCCUCAUGAAGUCUGGGGUCAUGAGCCAUGUCCCCACCCCUCAUAGGGUCACCUGACCCUAAUGAAAAUGGGUAGCAGUUCACCCUCCAGCUUCCUCUACCCUUCCUGGAGCAGUAGGGAGGACAGAACUUGCAGCUCUGAAAAGGCCCAGGGAUACAAACAUUUCCCUGAAAACAGUGGCUUAUUUUCAUUUAGAGAAAGUUGCUGAUUCCACAGUAUCACAGGUGGGUGGUCAAUGGGGGGUGGGGUGUGUAUGGAUGGGUUUUGUGAUUGUGGACACUGGAGUGGCCAGGGCGAGGUCUGGACACUGGGUGGGUCCAGCUGAAGAAU